CCUUUGUUCAGGUCCAUCAUGAGUGAGAAAUGGGACUCAAACUCUUCAGAAAACUGGCAUUAUAUUUGGAGUGUCAAUGGCACAAAAUAUCACCUAUACUCAGAUAUCAAUAUUACCUAUGUGAACUACUAUCUUCACCAGCCUCAAGUAGCAGCAGUCUUCAUCGCUUCCUACUUUCUGAUCUUCUUCCUGUGCAUGGUGGGAAAUACCGUGGUUUGCUUUACUGUAAUGAGGAACAAGCAUAUGCACACAGUCACUAAUCUCUUUAUCUUGAACCUGGCAAUAAGUGAUUUACUGGUUGGCAUAUUUUGUAUGCCUAUCACGCUCUUGGACAACAUCAUAGCAGGAUGGCCCUUUGGAAGCACAAUGUGCAAGAUCAGCGGAUUCAUUCAGGGAAUAUCAGUUGCAGCAUCAGUCUUUACCUUAGUUGCAAUAGCUGUGGAUAGGUUCCGCUGUGUUGUCUACCCUUUUAAGCCAAAGCUCACUAUCAAGACAGCAUCUGUCAUUAUUGUGAUCAUCUGGGUCCUGGCCAUUGCCAUUAUGUCCCCAUCUGCAAUAAUGUUACAUGUACAAGAAGAAAAAUAUUACCAAGUGAGACUCAACUCCCAGAAUAAAACCAGUCCAGUCUACUGGUGCCGGGAAGACUGGCCAAAUCAGGAAAUGAGGAAGAUCUACACCACUGUGCUAUUCGCCAACAUCUACCUGGCUCCCCUGUCCCUCAUUGUCAUCAUGUAUGGAAGGAUUGGAAUUUCACUCUUCAAGAUGACAGUGCCCCACACAGGCAAACAGAACCAGGAGCAGUGGCACGUGGUAUCCAAGAAGAAACAGAAGGUCAUUAAGAUGCUCCUGAUUGUGGCUCUGCUUUUUAUUCUCUCCUGGCUGCCUCUGUGGACACUGAUGAUGCUCUCAGACUAUGCUGACCUGUCUCCAAAUGAACUGCGGGUUAUCAACAUCUACAUCUACCCGUUUGCACAUUGGCUGGCCUUUUGCAAUAGCAGCGUCAACCCCAUCAUUUAUGGUUUCUUCAAUGAGAAUUUUCACCGUGCAUUCCAAGAUGCUUUUCACUUCCAGCUCUGCCAAAAAAGAGCAAAGCCCAAGGAAACCUAUACCGUAAGAGCUAAAAACAAUGUGAUCAUAAGUACAUCUCAUCAGUUAGCCCCAGGACCUGCAAUUCAAAAUUCACAUGAGGAAAAUUUGCUUUGUAGGAAAAGUGCUGAAAAACCCAACCAAGAAUUAAUGAUGGAAGAAUUAGGGGGAGUCACCCAGAGCAAUGAGAUUUUAAAAGAGCUGGUAUGAUUAUUUUAACUAUACAGUGUGUUAUAUACAGAAAUACUAUUGCUUUCUAUAGCUUUGUACUUGAAUUCUAAGAAUGUUCUAAAGAAAAUAUGUACUGAAAGCCCUCUUUGAACAGAAGUGGAAUAGUUCAUAUCCAAUCUUAUGGUAUAUAAAAUAUGUAGAGACUCACAAGUUUUCCUGGAUAAAUCCAUUUCCUAGGAACAAUUUUCAAAGCCUGACCUUUUCCAAUUUAGCCAGUUGGGUAGGAGUCAAACAUGUAUUAUGUGUAUACAAAUAUAUAUAACACAUGCACUUAUUUUCUCCAAAUGACGAUAAAUGGACAGUUAUUUGCAUGAGAGUACAUUUUGUCAAUUCUCUUUUUGCUUUUGGAGUUGAAAUUUUAGACUACAAAAUUAUUUGUGCUUUUAAAAUAUACUUAGCUUUCUUAGAAGAACCACAAUAGCAAAUAGACACUAUUUCUUCGUGUUUAAGGUUGAUUUUUCUUUUAAAGAGUACAGUUAAAGUUGGUGAAAUCAUAACAUUGUUGGCUUAAUAUUUUCAUAAAUAAAAUUCAUGCUGUAGCUGAACCCAUAUUUCUUAGAGAUGACUUGGGAUGCCAGUUUGACCCCCUAAUAGAAUCUCUGACAAAGAAGAAAAUCUUUUUUUUUUAAUGUUUAUUUUUUGAAAGAGAGAGAAUAUGAGCAGUGGAGGGGCAGAGAAAGAGGGAAACACAGAAUCUGAAGCAGGCUCUGACCUGUCAGUACAGAGCCUGAUCCGGGGCUCAAAGACAGAGACCGUGAGAUCAUGACCUGAGCUGAAGUCAGACGCUCAACUGAGUAAGCCACCCAGGUACCCCAAGAAGCAAAUCCUUUAGUAAUGCAACAUUUGGCCAACAUUGGAGAAUGACCACUCUCCUUUGAAGGGCUGAGUCAAAGAUGUGUGACAAUCAUUAGUAAAGUCUGUGCAAAAAAAGACCAAUUAUUCCAGAUUUCCUGCUGGGUACAGCAAUUAAAUCCAGCACUCUUACUGAAUUAGUAAACUAAUACCACUGCUAAAAAGAGAAUUGCAAACCCUUGGGUUCUGCUAUGUUUCAAUUAUGUAAUGGCAAUAGCUGUAAAUGUUAGCUUUUAUUCUAGGGUGAGAUUAGUCCCUAGAAAAUUUGAAAAUAAUAAAUAAUUUGGCAAAUAAAAAUUGCUUGGUUCAGGCCAAGAGUGAUGAAAAGUGUUAUUUCCUACAAUUGGGAAGGACAACUUUUGAAGUCUAGGUAUAGAAUUUGAUCAUUUAUUCCGUUGCCCCCAGUUACCGAAGUACUAUUUACAGUAAACGUUGAAGGUUACUUUGUUGGACUCCUACUUUCUAAUGGGCAUCCUCACAUUCUGUCAGCACCUGAAAUUCAUCAUCACUAAACCCCACACCCUUACUUGUCAUCUAACUACCUUCUAUCAACUUCAACCCCCUUUCAUAUGUGUAUUUCCACCAAUAGUCUGUUUGUGACAAUGUAGGUAUUAUCUAAAGUGAUAUAUUUUCUCUACUGUGCUCAUUUUCUUGAGUCCUCCCAAGCAGAGUGGUUAUCCAUAUUUUUACUAACAGUCUGUUCAAGACAAUCUAGGCCACAAGCCACAGAGCAUUAAACUUAAUGGAAUUUGCCUGACUAGAUUUCAGACUUUCUUGGGAUUAGUGACUUCUUUUUUCCUUCCAUUUUUCUCCCUUAUUGAACAGAAAUAUCUACAACUGUUAUUCCAUGCUUGUACCACCGUUGUGUUUUGGAAGCAGAUAACCUGCCUCUUUAGUUUCAGUGGUCCACAGAUGGACAGAAAUGGUGUCACUAAAUUUGUGAUAACGUGUUAUGGCAAAAGUACAAAAUACACUUCCUUUCCUUUUUUGUAGUUAAUUCUUUGAUAUGUUUGAAGUGUAUUUUUUGUAAGAGAAAAAUACAAAUUAUUUAUAGUAUUUAAGCAGUUUUUCCAUUCAAUCAUACCUCUGCCUGGCUUGAGCACUAGCUUCUUAAGGGAUUCUAGUUUGAGAACGCCCUCCCUUCUAGGUGUGUUGCCCAUGCUGCUCCCUGGCUUAGGGACCGUGCUAUGGUGCAUUACCUUAAUGGGAGAUAAUGGCCUAUGAAUUAUACAUGUACAGAUGAAGCACAUGUUCAAUACAGCAAAACAAAUAAGAAAAAUUCAGCUUCAAUGAACUUAUACAGAAAGUUGUACUCCAAAGAGUAUAAAAAGCUGUAUGAAUUUCAGUACAGAUCUAAGUUUUGUGUUUUAGUUUUUGACUACAACGUGGAACAAGGAUCACCACAGUCAGUGAGUAAGACCAGCAUGACACAAAGGCAGUAUGUGUGGUAGUUAGGAUGACAGACACUGGAGCAAGGCAGACAGGUUCAAAUCAAGGAUUCUCUGCUUGUUACCCAGUGCAUGAUUAUGUCGAAGUUACUUAAUCCCUCUGUACAUUGGUGUCCUCAUCUGUAAAAUGGGGUAAUAAUGGUACCUGUUCAUAAUUUUGUCUUUAAAUGAGUUAUAUUGCAUAAAACAUUUGAAACCGUGCUUAGCCUUCAAAUAAUCAUGUGUGCAAUUUGUUACGUGUACUAAAUAGUCAGGUGGAAAAAGUCACAUUUCUUAAUCCUGGAUAAAAAACAUAAUCCCUGAGCACUUACUUGUGUGUCAGCUUUUACCUAAGUGUCACACAGUGAUUGACUUACGGAGGCUGACAUAGAUGUAGCAUAUGAAUUCUAACUAAAGGGAAACUGGAAAAAAAUAAAUGUAAGUGAAAAUCUCAAGUCUGGAGGAAUGACAGUGGGCUAAAAAUGGACAAGAACUAUGCAUCACUUCUCUGUACGUUGCAUAUGUCCUUUCUUAUGUAUUUGCCUUCCUCUUAAUUUUGGGCUUUUGAGGGCAAAGAUGCAGCUUUUCAAUCUUCAUAUCUCUAGAGCUCAGCAUGUUGUCCUAACUGUGUAGGUGAAUAAUAACUGAUUUUGAGUAAAUUGAAUAUCAGAACAAGUAUUCUUACUUAUGAAUUUGUUACUCUGCAUUCUUCAUUACGUCUAGGAUAAAACAUGAUGAUCUGUGUGAAUUGUAAUAAAAUAAAUAAAAAAUUUUC